GCCGAAGCAAUCAUGCAGCUGACUACUGCCUCCAUCCAAGGCAAAGCGGCUCAGUCCCUAGACGUCCUGCUGAAUCGUGUCCAAGUCGAGAAUCAACGCUACCUUUUCACAGCUGCCCUCUCUGAGCUACGUACCGAGCUUCAAGUCCGAGCAAGAAACGAUGCAGCUGCUCUACGCUCUAUUACCACUCUUCUCCAGCGUGAAGUGGACAGCUUAAGUCAACGCAUGAGAGAAGACAUUGAGCGUAUGAAGCACGACAUUCAAGUCGACAUGAACAACCGCAAAGGCGAAGCCAAGGAGGAGCAGAAUUCUCUCGAUCAAGAAAUCCAAGAUUUGAACAAUCGCUUUACCAUCUCUCUCUCUGACUUAAAGACGGAGAUUGAGCAGUCGAUCAAGUGGGACUUGACGAGGAGGGCACUCGCACUCGUCUUUGGACUAGCAAGUAUCGUUGUAGUGACUUUACUUGCGGCGGAU